AUGCCAUCCGCUGAGGAAGAGGCACGAGCAGGCAUGAGCGGAGGCACCCCGCUUUCCGGCCAAGCCCCCGCAGGAGAACGGGCUGUGGGCGCCCUGUGGUCCUUCGCCAAAUGCCUGAGUGCGCUCCUGCCCGUUUACCUGGCCGGAUAUUAUGGCAUCAGCAUCACCGUGGUCCUGAUCGGGCUCAUGGUCUACAUGGGCUGGAAGCACGGCCGACUGGAUAAAGCGAGGAGGCUCAACGCUGCCAUGUACCUCCUGGAAAACGAGAUGGAAUUCACGACGGAGAAGCUUUCCAGACUCAAACGAGAUCUGCCUCCCUGGGUGAACUUUCCAGAUGUGGAAAAAGCAGAGUGGCUGAAUAAGAUCUUUCAGCAAGCAUGGCCCUUCAUAGGCCAGUUUCUGGAAAAGCUAAUUCUGGAGACCAUCGCUCCAGCCAUCCGAGCCUCCAGUAUUCACCUGCAAACCCUCAGCUUCACCAAGGUCAACCUAGGAGACAAGGCUUUGAAAGUGGUUGGCGUAAAGGCACACACAGAACACGAUAAGAGACAAGUCAUGUUGGAUUUGUAUCUCAGCUACGCCGGUGACGUCGAGAUCAACGUAGAAAUAAAAAAAUACUUUUGCAAGGCUGGAGUAAAAGGAAUUCAGCUCAAUGGCAAGCUUCGUGUGAUCCUUGAGCCUCUGAUUGGAGAUAUACCGCUGGUUGGAGCCGUCACCAUGUUCUUUAUCCGCCGACCAAAACUGGACAUCAACUGGACUGGUCUGACCAACCUAUUGGAUAUCCCCGGAUUGAAUGCCAUGUCGGACACUAUGAUAAUGGAUGCAAUAGCCUCUCAACUGGUCCUUCCCAACCGUCUCACCGUUCCCCUGGUGGCCGACCUGCAGGUUGCACAGCUCCGCUCCCCUCUCCCAAGGGGAGUUGUGCGUAUCCAUCUGCUGGAAGCUGAGGAUCUGACCGCCAAGGACACGGUCAUCAAAGGUCUGAUUGAUGGAAAGUCCGACCCGUAUGCUGUGAUUCGUGUGGGAACGCAGAUCUUCACCUCACAUCAUGUGGACAGCAACUUGAACCCACAGUGGAGGGAAAUGUAUGAGGUGAUUGUCCAUGAAGUACCUGGUCAGGAGUUGGAAGUGGAAGUCUUUGACAAAGACCCAGACCAGGAUGACUUCCUGGGCAGGGUGAAAGUGGAUCUUGAUAUUGUGAAACAAGCCAGAGUUGUGGAUGAUUGGUUCAAUCUGAGGGACGUUCCAUCCGGCAGCGUUCACCUCCGACUGGAGUGGCUCUCGCUUCUGUCCUCUGCUGACAGAUUAACUGAGGUGAUCCAGAGAAACCAGAACCUGACCAGCAAAACCGCCGAUCCACCAUCUGCUGCUAUUUUGGCCAUCUAUCUUGAUCAGGCUCAAGAUCUGCCUAUGAGAAAGGGCAAUAAGGACCCAAGCCCGAUGGUGCAAAUCUCCAUCCAGGAUACAACAAAAGAGAGCAAGACUUGCUACGGGUGCAGCAACCCUGCGUGGGAGGAAGCAUUUACCUUUUUUAUCCAGGACCCUCGCAAACAAGAUAUUGAUAUUCAAGUGAAGGAUGAUGACCGAGCAUUAUCCCUGGGCAGCCUGACCAUCCCUUUGGCCCGCCUUCUGGGGUGGCCUAAACUCACCCUGGACCAGUGGUUCCAAUUAGAGAAUUCUGGUUCUGGAAGCCGCAUCUACAUCAAAAUUGUUUUACGGGUUUUGUGGCUAAGCGAUGAUGCCACUCCCACCACUCCGUCACCCCGCCCAUUAGCUCCUGGGUCCAGCGCUGGUCAUGGGGGAAUCACAGCAGAACUAAACCCGAUGGGACCUGGUGGCCUAGCUAAACCACCCCCAUCACGCCCGCAGCACACCACGCCCGACCCUGAGUUUGCCACUGAGGGAGUGCUUCGAAUCCAUCUGCUAGAGGCCCAAAACCUAAUUGCCAAGGACAACUUCAUGGGAGGCAUGGUCAAAGGGAAGAGUGACCCCUAUGUCAAGAUCCGUGUGGCUGGAAUCACUUUCCGCAGUCACACCAUCAAAGAGAACCUCAAUCCCAUCUGGAAUGAACUCUAUGAGGUGAUUUUGACUCAACUUCCUGGCCAAGAGAUCCAGUUUGAAUUAUUUGACAAGGACAUCGAUCAGGAUGACUUUCUGGGAAGGUUCAAACUCAACUUGCGUGACAUCAUCAGUGGGCAGUUUAUUGAUACGUGGUACACUUUAAAUGACGUCAAGUCAGGCAGAGUUCACCUGCUGCUAGAAUGGCUGCCUAGAGUGGUUGAUUUACCCAGACUGGAGCAGAUUCUGCAGUACCAGUCCCAGCAGUCAUUCCAGAACAAAAUUGUUCCAUCAUCAGCCGUGCUCUUUGUGUAUAUGGAGCGUGCUCACGGCCUGCCAUUAAAGAAAAACGGAAAAGAGCCAAAGGUUGGAGUUGAGGUCAUCUUAAAAAAUGUAUCCUAUCGAACUAAGGUCAGUGAGCGGUCCACAUCGCCUCGAUGGGAUGAAGCAUUUCAUUUCUUGGUUCGAGAUCCCAGAGAUGAAACGCUCACUGUCAAGCUUUCCCACAGUUGGGGCCAGACUCUAGGCUCCCUGACUCUCACACUCAGGGAGGUGAUGGCUGAGCCAAACUUGGUGCUGGACCGCUGGCUUACCCUGGAUGGAGCGCUGCCUGAGAGUCAGAUCUUGCUGAGGGCCACUCUCAAGAUCUUGGACACUCAGUUGGCGGUGUGCCGCAGGGCCCCGGGAGAUGAGAGCAUUGGUGACACAGUCAUUCCCAGAUGGGAUCCUUCCCAUCUGGAUUUAAGGAACAGAACAGGAUUCCCAAUGGUCAGUGACGCCUCAAAUACUUCAAGCCAAGUGAAGCUCAGUGUUGGAUACUCCACAGAGGAAAGCAGACUUUUCAUCACCGUCCAUGCAUGCAGAGCCCUGAUAGCCUGCUCCAAAGAUGGUGCCGAUUCCUAUGUUACAUUCAUGCUGCUGCCUGACAAGAAAGGAACCACGAAAAGGAGAACAGCAACCAAGAAGAGGGACCUCAACCCGGAAUUCAAUGAGAGAUUUGACUUUGAUCUCUCUCUGGAGGAGUCAGCGCAGAGAAGGUUGGAUCUAUCCGUGAAGAACAGCGUCUCCUUCAUGAGUAGAGAGAGGGAGCUUAUUGGCAAACUGCAGUUGGACCUGGACCAAAUUGACCUGAAGACUGGUGUCACGCAGUGGUACGAUUUGGUACCAGAGUCAAAUUAG